AUGGCCUCUCUCGGUGGUAAACAACUAAGCCAAUUUCGUGUUGUCGAUCUCAGAACAGAGCUGGAAAAAAGAGGGCUAGAUAAUUCUGGACUGAAGGGAGCGCUGGUUGAGCGACUUGAGAAAUCAUUGUUGGAUUACUCUGCAGAGAUAAGCGAAUGUGUCUUCUCCACAGAGCAGGGUGACGAAGCGAAAAAGACGGCAGAAUCGGAAGCUACACAAACACCAAAUAGCAACCUGGAGGCAAUUAAUAAGCAGUCGUUGCAAAUGAAAACAGCAGGAAAACUGUUAGAACAGUCUAUCGAAAUCAAUACUGCAACUAAAGAAACUAAUUGCAAGGAAACCAUGACUGAAUUCAAUCUUGUACCUAACAAGGUUGACGAAAUUGGAAUACUCCAUCGCAGAAUUAAUAACAUCGAAGAUAGUUUAAGGCGAGAAAUUUCAAAUAUUGUUGUUGAAAUAAACGCCAUACCCAGACAUGAAUACUCGAGGGACUACACUUCAUUGCUUACUAAACAAAAGGAGGAUCUCACUAACUAUAAUACAUGUCUCAAACAAGAAAACGAUGAGCUUAGAGAUCGACUGAAUACCAUGUCACUGGCCUUGUCUGAUCUAAAUCAAAAAGUUAAAGAUACUGAAAACGAGAAGCUUAGUUUAGUAACGGCCCUAAAAAUUUUAUAUGAAGAACAAAAACGUACCCCGCAAGACAAAGACCAAAUUCACACUCAUGCAAAUCUCGGCAAACAGACCAAUAAUAAUGGCGAGCAAACAUACUCAACGGUGGGUAAAAAUAAAAGGUCUAAAAUGAUUCCAUUUAGUCCAAAGAUAACGAAAGAAGUUAUUAACUUAGACUCUACCACACCGGAACAAUCUUACAAUGUUGACACACGCAAUCGCUACGAAGUACUCGGUAAUGGAGAAGACCAAUAUAAUACCGCAGAACAACAAAGUGAAACAACUCAAACGUCCAGGGAGAUGCGACCCAAGACUAGCCGAGAAGUUUCUACUAAUGAAGACCAAACCAAAGCGUCAUCGGAGACUAGUCCCCGUACUUAUAAUUCGGGCAACCAACCCAGGCGUACAAUCAACGUAGCCGUUGCCGGUGACUCAAUGUUAAAGUACAUAAAUCCCUCCAAACUUAGUAAAAGCUUGAAACAAAAUGUCCACGUGAAAACCUUCCCUGGAGCAAAGGUUGCGGAUAUGGAGCACUACGUAAAGCCAACACUAGCACACGCUCCUGAGUACACCGUGUUCUGCACGUUGGUACAAAUGAUUUAA